AUGGCAACUGAAAUGCAGUCCUUCUACACACCCUCGACCUCGACGCACAUCUCCCACGCUCCAGCCGCGGUCGACGAGCUGAUUAAUAAAUAUUCUUCCACCAUGUCGACCUCUGCAAGCCCAAACUCCUCCGUCAUCAGCCAUAUGAUGAUGAAGAACCCUCGCCGGAAUGCCGUACAGCGGUUUGCUGAUCGUAUUCGCCUCGAAUACUACCGGUACGAAGUCACAUUCGGACUCUACGUCAUGACCCCGGGCGAGAAGCUCGUGGCCAAUUCCUUCGUCAUCGUGGUGCUAUCACUGCUUUUCUGGGCCCUACUGCUGUAUUUCCCAACACUGCUCUACCAGAAGCUGACCCGCCUCGUAUGGUUGUUGACCGGCCAUAGCAGCGAGGAGAUGGGUGCCGCUCUGGGGAUCUUGGAGACUCAUGUUGGCUCUCUAUCGUCAUUUUCUGGAGAGAGUGCGUUGUAA